AUGGGUUUCAGUGAGCGCGAGGCUACUACUAGCAGGACAUCUACUUCAGAGGUUGAUCCUCUUGCAGCAGUUCUUCCUGAGAAUGCGCUACCAUGGUAUAAACAGCGUCAUCUUCUGCAUCUCAACUUCAUCAUCGUUUCUCUGGUGAUGUACUCAUCUGCCAAUGGAUAUGAUGGAUCUUUGAUGAAUGGUCUGGAAGAUCUUGAUCAAUGGAAAGCCUUCAUGAAUGACCCUGCGGGAGCAUGGCUGGGAUGGAUCAAUGCCAUCUACUGGCUUGGCUGUGGUGUUGGUUAUCCAAGUGCUUCCUGGAUCGCCAACAAAUACGGCCGCAAGCCUGGCGUCUUCGUUGGCUAUUGUUUCUUAGCUCUUGGUACUUCUCUCCAAUCAGCCGCUCCCAAUCCCACUGCGUUCAUGCUCUCCAGGUUGUUUCUGGGAGGUGCUUCCGCUUUAUUCGGUAACUCAGUCCCACUUCUCAUCAACGAGAUCGCCUACCCAACUCAUCGUGGAAUCCUGAACUCUCUUUUCAUGUCGGGAUGGUACGUUGGUGGAACUAUCGCUGCCUUUGUUGUCUUCGCCUCCCGAACAUAUGGUUCUUCUUGGGCCUGGCGACUACCUGCUCUCCUUCAACUUCUUGCACCACUUUCCGCCCUCCCAGGUUUCCUUCUUGCACCAGAGAGUCCUCGAUGGUUGGUCUCAGUGGGACGGGAGGAUGAGGCCCACGCUAUCCUCAUCCGAUACCAUGCCGCUGGGGACGCUCAUUCCCCGUUGGUCAACUAUGAAUUCCAGGAGAUCAUCUCUACAAUUCGUGCCGAGAGAGAAGCAGCCAACAACGGUAGCUAUCUUGAGAUGAUCCAGACCCCUGGUAACCGCCGUCGCUUGAUGAUAUCUAUCACCCUUGGUCUAUUUGCUCAAUGGGCUGGAAACGGAGUUAUCUCAUACUAUCUAUCUUUGAUCCUCGACUCCGUCGGUGUGACAAAGGUCAAAGAUCAAACACUCAUUUCAGCCUGUCUUCAAGUUUGGUGUCUGAUUUUCGCCUGUAUCGGUGCCUUCCUCAUCGAUCGGUUCGGCCGUCGACCACUAUUCAUGUCUUCCGCUUGUGUUAUGUUCGUCAGCUACGUGCUUGUCACAGCUCUUUCAGGCACAUACGAAAAAACUGGUAGCGCGGCGACCGGUGGAGCCGUUAUUCCAUUUUUAUUUAUCUUCUUCUCCGGAUAUUGUGUCGCAUUAACCCCUUUCAUGACCUCAUACCCUUGCGAAAUCUGGCCCUUCCGUCUCCGAUCCCGUGGUUUGACAGUAACAUGGUUAGCUACUAUUGUGGGAAUGUUCUUCAACACAUUCGUGAAUCCCAUCGCGAUGGACGCUAUCGGAUGGAAAUAUUACUUGGUGUUCGUGGUUGUCUUGGUGGUGUUCGGUUUAACAGCGUUCUUCUUUUACCCCGAAACCAAGGGCCAUUCUCUCGAACAAAUUGCAGUCAUUUUCGAUGGCGAGGAUGCUCUGGUGAGUACCCCAACUCAAGUUGUGAAGCAGCUCAAAGAGGGCUCAGCGGCUGUCCAUGAAGAGGCU